AUGUACCUCUUGCACUUGCACCAGUCAAGCAGCUGGUCAAACCUGGUCAAUCACCCCGAGCUCAGCACGCUCAGCACGGCCAGCAGCACCUCGGACGCCGGCGGCGGCUUCGGCAUCGGCAUCGCCCCCGUCGCCGGCCCGCCGCCGCCCGGCUCGCUGCCGCCGCCGGUGGACGGCGCCGCGGCGGCGGCGGCGGAGCUCGAGCGGCGCAACAGCCUGGAGCACAUCGCCAACACGCGGCUGGGGCAGGGCGCCAAGUUCUUCAGGGCGGAUGACUUGAGGGACGAGCACGGGCGGCUGCUGCCGGCGCCGGGGAUUGUGCUCGCGCCGGGCGCGCCGCCGGCGGGCGGCAAGGGCGCGGCGGCGGGGCGGUUGCAGGCGCUAAUGAGCAGCGGCGGCGGCGCCAAGGCGCCCAGCAUGCAGGAGACGUGGGAGGGGCGGUACGAGCAGCUGAUGGAGCAGUUUGCGCAGGACAUGUGCCUGUACAUGCGCAUGGUGUGUGACACCAUCGUGACGACCGUGCCCAAGAGCGUGGUGCACUGCCUCGUGCGCAAGGCCGAGAAGAACCUGCUCAACCACCUCUUUGCCUACGUGCACAAGAUGAGCCCGGAGCAGCUCAAGAGCAUGCUGCAGGCUCCCUUCACCUUGGCCACCAACCCUUGA